AUGGCUACUGAUUUGCAAUCCGGCCCGCCCUUGGCCUGGCCCGAGCCCAUUGUUCGGGUCCAACACUUGUCCGAAAGCGGACUCGAAAAGCUUCCCGAGCGCUACGUGAAGCCACUCUCCGAUCGUCCGAAUUUGGACAACAUCGUUGUUGAUGAUGUCGAAAUCCCCAUCAUCGAUUUGAGUGGAUUGUAUUCGGACGAUGUUGCAAUACGGAAGAAGACGGCGUCGAUGAUUGACGACGCCUGCAAGAAUUGGGGAUUCUUUCAGGUCGUGAACCAUGGUGUGAGCGAAGAUAUAAUGAGGCGCGUGCGGGAAGUAUGGCUCGGGUUUUUCAAAUUGCCGUUGGAGGAGAAAGAGAAGUGCGCGAACGAUACCAUUACGUUCGAAGGAUACGGGAGUCGUGUGGGUCUCCAAAAAGGACAAAUCUUGGAUUGGCGCGAUUAUUACAAGCUUCAUUAUCUUCCCGAAAGCAUUCGAAACGAUGCUAAAUGGCCCACCCUCCCGCCUGCCUUCAGAUCCACAGUGAUCGAGUAUUUCCAUCAAACAAUGGAACUUGGCGAUAAGUUAAUGAAGAUUUUCUCGACAAAUCUUGGACUAAAAGAGUCGCGUAUGCGUGAAGCCUUUGGCGGUAAAGAUUUGGCGCUACAUACGCAAGCCAAUUAUUACUCAAAAUGUCCUGAGCCCGACCUGGCACUCGGGCUCUCUGCACAUUCAGAUCUGGGUGGAAUCACUAUGCUUAUGCCCGAUUAUGAUGUUCCGGGCCUACAAGUUCGUCGUGGGGACAAAUGGAUCACCAUUAAGGCAAUUCGCGGCGCCUACAUAAUCAACUUAGGGGAUCAACUUCAAAUUUUUUCGAAUGGAAUUUAUCAUAGCGGAGAACACCGAGUAAUUGUGAACUCGAGCCAUGAGAGGUUCUCAUUGGCGGUUUUCAAUAAUCCGAACGACGAUACCGUGGUCGAGCCGGCGGAGGAGCUCGUGACGCCGGAUCGACCACAACGGUAUUUUGCGAAGACAUUUCGACAACAUAAGAUCAUGGUUGCGACUAAGGAACCUUGUGGGAAGGGUCAUAUGAAGCUCAUGGAGAUAUAA